CGUAACAGGCAUGUGGCUCCUGAGACCGACCACAGUGCUGUUAGGACUGGUGGGGAGCAGAGGAACACUGAGAGCCAUGUGUGCACAGGCUACUGAUUGGCAAAGUGCCAAGUCAAUCUAUGAGUUCUCUGCCAAGGAUAUUGAUGGCAAUGAGGUGUCUCUCGAUAAAUACAGAGGGAACGUCUGCAUCAUUGUAAAUGUAGCCUCUAAAUGAGGAAAGACAAAGGUAAACUACACUCAGCUAGCGGGAAUGCACGCCUCCUACGCUGAGAAAGGUUUACGCAUCCUGGCCUUCCCAUGCAACCAGUUUGGAGGACAGGAGCCGGGGACUGAUGCAGAGAUUAAAGAGUUCGCAAAAGGUUAUAAUGCAGAGUUUGACCUCUUCAGUAAGAUUGAUGUGAAUGGAGACAAUGCUCACCCUCUGUGGAAGUGGAUGAAGGCUCAGCCUAAAGGCAAAGGAACUCUGGGAAAUAACAUCAAAUGGAACUUCACAAAGUUUCUUAUAAAUAAAGAAGGACUAGUGGUGAAGAGGUACGGUCCAACAGAUGAUCCCAGCGUGGUGGAGAAAGACCUGCCCACUUACAUGUAAUACUACAGUCUCCCAUGUCUUCUACUCCUGACGCCUCCUAUGGACUUCUGGUUAUUGGUGUGUGUGUGUGUCUGGGCCAGUGACGGCCUGUCUGUAAACCCAGUAUUGGGUAGGACUGGCCUGAUGAACCCUGCGUGCAACUAACCUCCAGAGCACACCCACACUAAACCCUUGAAGACCAUAUGAGUGGAUAUUCACUCCACCCUUCACAUCAUACAACUCAAAACACCCGUUCCUUUGUCUAUUACAAAUGCCAUCUACAGUAUAUAUUUCUGAAUGUUAAUUGUCAAACUUGUUCAUGUGUCAAUGUCAGUUUUCUCAGUCAAUGGAUUUCACAGACAUCUGUAAAACUACUGAUGAUAAUAGUAUUUGCACUUAACAUGUCAGUUGUAUCUAAAACUAGACCUGAUAAUGAUUAUGUGAUGAAGCUGGAAAAUAAAUGCUGUCUUGGAUAUUAAUCUACCAGUGUAGAUACACUUAUUAAAAUGAUGGAACCUGA